AUGGCAUUAAAACAACAUAAUAUUGUCUUUAAAGGCGAAAAAGGUGAUCGAGGGUACGACGGAACACCAGGAGAAAAGGGUGCUCAAGGACUGCCAGGUCCUCCCGGUCCAUCUGGACACAGAUCUGAUGCUGUGCAAUUCGUACAUGGUCCCCCAGGUCCGCCAGGUCCUCCAGGUCCUCCAGGUCCUCCAGGGUCACCAGGAGUAUCUAUUGUAGGACCUAAAGGAGAGCCAGGAAUAAGUUAUUACGAAGAGUAUCCUUCACAUGGCAGUACAAAACUAUACGGCAGACCAGCUUUAGCUAAUUCUGAAUCAAGAGGUCACCACUCAGAUGAUUCAAAUACUGCAAAAACUGUUCCUAGUGCAGCUGUAUUUCAAACUACGGAAGAAAUGAUGAGGCUGACAUCUAAUAGCCCAGUUGGUGCAUUAGCUUACGUUAUAGAAGAACAGGCACUUUUUGUAAAAGUUAACUCUGGAUGGCAAUACGUUUUGUUAGGUUCCUUGGUAACGCAAUCUGCUCCAGCAACAUCAACUCCGGCCCCGGCGACUCCACCAAUGCCGGCAGCAAGUUUAGUCCACAUUCCGCAGAUGUCGAAUCUAGUAGAGAAUUCUCCAUCGUUAGGUCCCAGUCUUCGACUGGCUGCACUAAAUGAACCUCUGUCAGGAAAUAUGCAUGGCGUACGCCGCGCUGAUUACGCUUGUUACAGACAAGCUCGACGUGCUGGGUUAAAGGGUACAUUUAAAGCACUGCUCACUAGUAGGAUACAAAAUCUAGAUUCUACGGUGCGCUACUCUGAUCGACAUUUACCCGUUGUGAACAUACGUGGCGAUGUUUUAUUUAAAUCGUUUUCGGAUAUAUUCGACGGAAGCGGAGGUCUGAUGUCCGGAUCUCCACGAAUUUAUAGUUUCAACGAUAAAAACAUCAUGACUGACUCGAACUGGCCACAAAAAUUAAUAUGGCAUGGAUCGCGCGCCAGUGGAGAACGCGCUGUGGAUACAUUUUGUGAGGAAUGGCAGAGCAGUGACCCUACGUCACGUGGCAUGGCGUCUUCUCUUUAUUCGCAUAAGCUGUUGUCGCAGGAAAGAUAUACUUGCAACAACCAUUUUGCAGUUUUAUGCAUUGAAGCUACAUCACACACUGGUAACCGAAGAAAAAGAGACAUUAUGAGAUACAACAAUACGAGCCUAUUAGACGAUGAAGACUAUCUGUACAAUGCAGAAGAGUAUCAACAAUUAUUAAACGAAAUUUUUGCUCAACCUUAUAGAGAAAUUUAA